GUGGAGAUGCUGGAGCGUAAGUAUGGAGGCCGUUUCAUAACGCGUCAUGCGGCCCGCACCAUCCAGACAGCCUUCCGCCAGUAUCAGAUGAACAAGAACUUUAAACGUCUCCGCAGUUCCAUGUCCGAGAACCGCAUGUCCCGACGUAUCGUCCUGUCCAGCAUGAGGAUGCAGUUCUCCUUGGAAGGCCCUGAAAAUGUUCAUCAGUCGUCCUUCCUCACCGACAAUGGAACCAAACACCUGGGGGCCCUGGUCCAAUCAGAAUGCAACUCUGACCUGGGGGGUGUGGUCCCAGGUACUAUGAAGUCACCUGUGGUGGCCCAGAACGAUGACUUCACUGACGCUAUAACAGAGCUGGAGGACGCGUUCUCCCGUCAGGUCAAGUCUCUGGCCGAGUCGAUAGACGAUGCUCUGCAUAGUAGGAGUCUGCACAGGGAGGAGGGGGGGCCAGGAGAGACGAGGCAAGGGGGGAGAGGACACCCUGACCUGGACAAUGACCGAGACAGAGAGCUGUUCUCCUACCAGGUCAAGCCCUCCUCACACAGCAGUGUGGAACACCACAAACUGGAUGAGAUGACAGCAUCAUACAGCGAUGUGACUCUCUACAUCGAUGAGGAAGAGCUGUCCCCUCCUCUUCCUCUGUCUCAAUCGGUAGACCGGCCCUCCUCCAAAGAGUCGGAGCUGCGUUUGCGUUCUCUCUCCUGGUCUCUGGUCCAUAAGGAUGAUAAAGUUCAGGGGUCAGACACCUCCUGCCGCAGCACACCCUCCCUGAAGCAGCAGGAGCAGAGGCUUAGGGUCGACCGCCUCCCGCUGCUGACCAUCGAGCCGCCCAGCGACAGCUCUGUGGAGCUCAGUGACCGUUCCGACCGCUCCAUUCUGAAGAGACAGAAAGCCUACGAUCGCCAGCCCAUUAGUCAGCCAGCCAGCCCCAAACAUCCCCCUCCUCACCCCUCCUCCUUGUCUCACCCCCGUGGCCUUCCCCCCAAGGGAACCUCCUGGGAUGAGGAUGCUCCCCGCUACCGGCCACGCGCACUAGAGGCCCACCUGGCGAUCAACGGGAUGGCUAACCGGCAGAGCAAGUCGGAGUCGGACUUCUCAGAUGGGGACAAUGACAGUAUCAACUCUACAUCUAACAGUAAUGACACUAUUAACUGCAGCUCUGAGUCCUCCAGUAGAGAACAGACCCUCAGAAAACAGACCUAUCACAAAGAGACACGCAGCAGCUGGGACUCACCGGCCUUCAGUAAUGAUAUCAUCAGGAAGAGACACUAUCGUAUCGGACUAAACCUGUUUAACAAGAAGCCAGAGAAGGGUUGUCAGUACCUGACGGAUCGAGGGUUUGUCCCAGACACUCCAGAGGGAGUGGCUCACUUCCUGCUCCAGAGGAAGGGCCUGAGCAGGCAGAUGAUUGGAGAGUUCUUGGGGAACAGGCAGAAACAAUUCAAUAGAGACGUCCUGGAUUGUGUGGUGGAUGAGAUGGAUUUCUCGGCCUUGGAACUAGAUGAGGCUCUCAGGAAGUUCCAAGCUCACAUCAGAGUCCAGGGAGAGGCCCAAAAGGUGGAAAGACUCAUAGAAGCAUACAGUCAGAGGUACUGUAUCUGUAACCCUGGGGUGGUACGACAGUUCCGUAACCCCGACACCAUCUUCAUCCUGGCGUUCGCCAUCAUCCUCCUCAACACUGACAUGUACUCUCCCAACGUCAAGCCAGAGAGGAAGAUGAAGCUGGAGGACUUUGUCAAGAACCUCAGAGGUGUGGAUGAUGGAGGGGACAUCCCGCGGGAGAUGCUGACAGGUAUAUAUGAGAGGAUCAGGAAGAGGGAACUGAAGACCAACGAAGAUCACGUCUCUCAGGUCCAGAAGGUCGAGAAACUCAUUGUUGGGAAGAAACCGAUUGGUUCUCUGCACCAUGGUCUAGGCUGUGUUCUGUCCCUGCCACACCGCAGGCUGGUGUGUUACUGCAGGUUGUUUGAGGUUCCAGACCCCAACAAGCCUCAGAAACUGGGUCUGCACCAGAGAGAGAUCUUCCUCUUCAAUGACCUGGUGGUGGUGACAAAGAUCUUCCAGAAGAAGAAGAAUUGUGUGACAUACAGCUUCAGACAGUCCUUCUCCCUUCAUGGGAUGCAGGUGCUGCUGUUUGAGAACCAGUACUAUCCUAAUGGUGUGCGGUUAACAUCGGCGGUUCCCCGAGCGGAUGUCAAGCUUUUAAUCAACUUCAACGCUCCCAACCCUCAGGACAGGAAGAAGUUCACUGACGACCUGAGAGAAUCCAUUGCCGAGGUCCAGGAGAUGGAGAAAUACCGCAUAGAGUCGGAGCUAGAGAAGCAGAAGGGCGUGGUCCUUCCCAGUCUAUCACAGAGCUCGGGGCUGAAGAAGGACUCUGGGAACGGCCAAUUGGGUCGAGGGAGCCUUGAUGACAACUACGCCAUGGGGGAGGGGCUGAAGAGGAGUGCCCUCAGCAGCUCACUACGAGACCUCUCAGAUGCAGGUAAGCGUGAGCGCCGCAGCAGUGCAGGAUCACUAGACAGCAAUACUGAAGGCUCCAUCAUUAGCCACCCCAGUCCCCACAUGAGACGCAGAGCCACGUCUUCCCGAGACAGAGACGGUCCUUCCAGAGGACAUUCCAUCCCCACCACCUCCUCUUCCCUCCUGGGCUCUUUGUUCGGGACCAAGAGGGCCAAGUCCCCCUCCCUGUCCCCCCAGCACCCCACCAACCUGCACCAGACGGCCCAGAGCCAGGCAGAUACACAGAACCAGUUGCUUCAAGGAGCCCAGUACUGCCAGAACCCUCCACCCUAUCACCACCACCACCACUACCACCCCCCUGCCCCUGGGUCUGCCCCCUCCUCCUCUCAUCCACCUCCCCCUCCUCACCACCACCCACUGCCUCCCACCCCCACUGCCUCCUCCACCAAGCCCAAACACAGCGGCAUCAGCACCGUGGUUUGAGGACACAGACACACACAGACACACACAGACACACACAGACACACACAGACACACACAGACACACACAGACACACACAGACACACACAGACACACACAG